AUGUCUUCCAGGCCCAGCAUAAACGCCCUGCAGUGCCUGGUGGAGCAGCUGAAGUUGGAAGCCAGUGUGGAGAGGAUCAAGAUUUCUCAGGCAGCUGCAGAGCUUCAACAGUACUGCAUGCAGAACGCCUGCAAGGAUGCCCUACCGGUCGGGGUUCCAGCAGGAAGCAACCCCUUCCGGGAGCCCAGAUCCUGCACUUUACUCUGAAGACUAGGAAAGAAGAAGU